AUGGCGUUAAUUUACAUCAAAGACUCUGUUCUACGGAGUGGGACUUUGCAGUCCCUGCUGACGUUGAUUAUACUUCAGAUAAAUCUUGCAAAUGGAAAUGAUUUAGUUUUAGUUCAAGCGGUUUUCCGUCAUGGAGACCGAAGCCCUACUCGCUCCUACCCAAAUGACAGACACAGUGAUUAUUGGACACAAGGUCUUGGACAGCUAACAAAGAGAGGAAUGUACCAGGAAUAUAGACUUGGAAAGUUUUUCAGACAAAAAUACAUGGAUCAAAACACUUUUAUGAGUGUGAAUUACAAUCGUUCAGAGAUCUAUAUCAGAAGUACAGAUAAAGACCGUACACUAAUGAGUGCCUACUGCAUCUUAGCUGGCAUGUAUCCUCCCAUCAAUGGUUCAGAAGAACAGUGGAACCCAGGUCUUAAUUGGCAGCCAAUUCCCGUCCAUACAGAACCACUGACAGAAGACCAUUUGUUAAAUGCAGAUGCUCCAUGUCCAAGAUAUGAUGAACUAUUUGCCAAAUUUUUGGCAAGUGACUUUAUAGCCAAAUUCACAGCACGAUACCAGGACCUAAUCAACAAAGCUGCAAAACUGUCUGGACUUCCACCAACUCUGAUUGGCCUGAUGACACUUGUGGAUCCUCUCUUCUGCGAGUAUACUCAUGGACUGAAUAUGUCGGAAUGGAAGACAGUCCUACCGUUUCAUCCCUUGUUGAUUCAACUGUUGGAUUAUCAGAAUUCCUACAGAUUUCACACAGACGAGAUGGCCAAAUUAAGGGGAGGUCCAUUGUUAGCGGAAUUAAUUGGAAAAAUGAAGACAGCUCUAAAUCCUGUAGCUGAACCGUCUCCAAAAAUGUAUCUGUAUUCAGCUCACGACACAACACUGGUAACUUUGCUACGAGUAAUGAACGUAUUCAACAGCAGGACGCCUGUGUAUUCUUCAUGUGUCAUGGUUGAGCUGUGGAAACCAAAAGGCCAGGGCAACCCAUACGUUAAUGUGCUCUACAAAAACGAGACUAACUCCAACAAUCUAACAGUACUUCAUAUACCAGGUUGUGGGAAAGUCUGCACAUUAGAGCAUUUUAUCAACAUCUUAAAGAAUAAUGUAUCCAAGGAUAUUCAUGCUGAAUGUAACUCUGUGCUACAACAAACAUCAGAUGUACAUGUUGGAGUGGUGGUACUAAGCUGUUUGGUGGCUUUGUUAGUCAUGGUGGUGACAGCUUUAAUCAUCCUACUUUACAGGAAACGACGAACUUCAAUGUCAUACAGACCACUGGCUACAAAUGAUGAUGAAUAUACAUGAGAUCUAUC